AUGCCAACAAGCCCUGAAAGCUCAUCAAUACCUAUACCUUCAUCACCUCGUACUUCAUCAAAACGCUCAUCGCAAGCCCUCUCUCCAAACCCAGAACAACCUCCUAUAAAAAGUUCCAGCUUCCCUCGUCUGGCCGGCUCAAAUUCAAGUGAAUCUUCGGUAGUAGCUGUGCUUCCAUCACCAUCAUAUCAAUCUCCUAUUCAAGAGAUGACAUGGUCAGCUUCAAGUACCAGCGUCAAUGGCACGACUGACGACGCACCAUUGACUCGAGAGGAAGAACUGGAUUUGUUGGCCCAAGGAAUGCGAAACCCUCAAAGCUUAGAUACAGAUUAUGUCCUUGUUGGGACCACCUGGAACAGAAAAUGGAAGAAUCACUUACUACAAAACUCGGAGCCUCCUGGCCCAAUAGACAACACGACACUUUUUACAGACACCACCCUAAAUCAGCUCAAGCCAUCCUUAUUCUUUCCACUGGACUUCCUGUUAGUUCCAGAUACCCAAUUUACUAGACUCGUUGCCAAAUAUGAUAUUCUUCAGCCAAAACACAAAGUGAAACGGCGUGGUAUAGUCAGGAAUAAUUCACCCAUUUACGAAAUCGAGAUGUAUUUACAAGUUGUACAAGUCGUAUACUUGAACCCACCAUCGGAUCAGCUUCAGCAAUCUCCAUCUAUAACACUACAAGACAUCUCCCAAACCAUCACAGUCGCAGAGCUCAAACUAAAAAUAUGUGCAGCAUUCGAUCUCAAGAUAUCCUAUCCUGAACAAGCGUCUCGACUCUGGUUGAUGCAUUAUGGUGCUAAGAAUACUGUUUUAGACGAUAGCAAGAAAUUAUACGAAGUAAUGCAUCAAAACGUACAAUCAGCGUUCCAUGUUGGAUUAGAAACAAGAGAAACGACAUUGAAACCAUGGCCAGAUGUCGAUCGUGACGUGAUCAUGGUCGAUUCUUCAUUGAAUGGACCUAUACAAAACAGGCAUGAGAAAUCAACAUACAAUUCGUCAUCAUUGCUGUUUGAAAAUACUGGAAAUGAUAUAGACAGUGCAGACCGAACUCCUGUCAAGGGAUCCAUAGCAGAAAAACGAGAUAGAGCCCGCAGAAUACAAAAUGGAGAGCUUGAGUUUGAACCUAAAGCAACCACUAAAGUACUUGGAUUGGUAGAAUAUUCACCACACGAUUCCCCAUCGACGACGGCUCAAGACCUGGGUCUGACUGUAACUCCAACAGCCCCACCAUUACCAUCUGCUUCGACUACAACAACCCCGACCGCAUCUCGAUUCUCCUCCAACAAUUAUAGCAGCUUCAAUCGUAGUCGUGCUGACUUCCCUGUUGGUGCUACGGGUCUAAAUAAUCUCGGAAACACCUGCUAUAUGAACUCUGCUUUACAAUGUUUAUCGAACGUAACACCCUUGACCCUGUACUUUGCUACAGGUCGCUGGGAACGUGAGUUAAAUCGUGAUAAUCCAUUGGGUAAAGGUGGUGAGGUGGCAGAAGCAUAUGCUGAUGUCAUCUCUCAUGUUUGGCAAGCAGCUGAACCACGAUCAAACUCUUUUGCUCCUCGCGACUUCAAAGGAGCCAUUGGAAAGGCGUCUACUCAGUUUGUAGGAUAUCAGCAGCAGGAUUCACAAGAAUUACUAGGAUUCUUGUUGGAUGGAUUGCACGAAGACCUCAAUCGUAUUAUUAAAAAACCAUAUACAGAGCUUCCGGACUACAAUGGUGAACCAGAUGAAGAGGUCGCAACUAGCUCCUGGAAACUAUAUUUGAUGAGGAAUGAUUCAAUUAUUGUUGAUUUAUUCCAGGGCCAGUAUAAGUCGAGGGUCGAAUGCACAGAAUGUCAGCAAUGGUCCAUCAAGUUUGAUCCAUACAUGUUUUUAUCAGUACCCAUCCCAGACCGCCGUGAAAUCACCCUUAGUGUAAUAGUCUUGCCCAAAGCACUCCGAGACAGGUCAAAGGCAGAUAUGGCACCCGUCAAGAUACAGAUUACUGCCCCAAAGGAUGCAAACAUACAGACGCUCAAACGAAAAGUGUCUGAUAGGAUGCUUUUGUCACCAUACAAUAUGACAGUCAUCGAAAUUCAUAGUUCCAAGAUCUGGAAGGUCUUUGCCGAUGACGAACGUCUGGACACAAUCCUAGCCAGCGAUCUUAUAUAUGUAGCAGAAGGUGGUGACCCAGAUUGGGACUUGUAUGAAGUUCCAGAACACGAACGAAACGUAGGCAAUGUUGUAAAUAUCCCUGUAUACCUCACUGAAGUCUCUGACCCAACUCAAUAUUCCUCAUCGAAUGGCUCUUCAAGGGGAAGUAACUAUGUACCUCGUUACUCAUCCAAGAUAUUUGGUGUGCCCGUUAUGGUAUCUUUGCCGGGUAAAAUCUACAUAUCGCCUCCCGUAACCCAUACACCAUUGACAGAAAAGGAAAUGAUAGCGUAUUACUCCAAGACUAUGGGUGAACGCAUAUAUCUAGAUGUAGUACGUAGUCUUAGGCGAUAUGCUGUAGCACCACUCUUCAAAAGAGCAAUAUCUCGACCUCGUCUAGACCAGGUCGUGGUGGUAGAACGUGGUGAUGUAGACGAUGCUAUGGUACCAGCAAUCGCCACUCCCGCAUCACUCAUGUCAACUGAUGAAGAUGGACAAGUGAAUGGUACAUCAGAACGAAUGGAAUAUACCAUGGAUUCUGAUGAGACUCUUCUCAGUAAAUCAACUGAUGGCAUACUACCCUCAAAUUCCACAAGCCAUCAACCACAACAACCACAACCCACAUACGAGUAUGGCCAAACAGAUAUUGACGACGGGUGGCUCCCAAUAUCCAACUUGUUCAAAUUGCAUCUGGCUACAUCACCUGUUAAGACGACUACAGCUUCAUCUUCAUAUGGAUAUGGAGGAACCAACACAGACUCCCUAUUAGACAAGUAUAAUACCUUUUUACGUAAUGAGUAUAAUGACAAGGACAAGUUUCCACUCUAUCCCUUCAAACCAACGCCACCUGCAAAUGGGAAAAGUCGUGAGACAGAAUUAAAUGGUGAUGUAGAGCCCAAAAAAUCAUCUGACGAUGAUGAUGAUUAUAAAACUGAUGCUUUUCCUAUUGAUCAAACAAAGCCUUAUAUUGUGGAGUUUGAUCCCAUGAAACUGCAUCAUGCGUUUAUGACCGAAUGGCUCACAUCCAAGGCCAAUGCGUUUUUGCGGAAGAAUGACAAAGCCUUUGAGGUUACAUUGCAUCCCGACUUUCCGAAAUCGUAUAAUAAGACUAUCGAAGUAUCGAAUCAUGGCAAGCCAAUUCGUUUGGAGGACUGUUUACGAGAAUUUAUGAAGGAGGAAGUCAUGGGUGAAGAAGAUACUUGGUACUGUCCUAAAUGCAAAAAGCACCAACGGAUCAAGAAGAAGUUGGACAUCUGGAGUGCCCCAGAGGUACUCGUCUUCCACCUGAAACGAUUCUCCAGUGGUCGAGGAUACAGCUGGAGGUCUAUGGGUGGUGACAAGAUUGAUUGCUUGGUUGAUUUCCCAAAGACAGGGUUGGAUAUCACAGAUUUUGUGAUAGGUCGGGAAUCUUCAAACCGUCGCCGUCCACCUCGUCGACGACCUGCACAAGCUGAAGAAGAAAAGACAGCAACAGCAACAUCAAUGGAAAUAGAACCAAUUCCAUCAGUAUCAGAACCAGUUGUUGAUGUACCUAUAAGUGAUUGGCCAGUGGUAGAUGCUGAACCCAAACUCGGGUCAGGAGUAGAUCAUAAGCUCACUAGUGGUGAGGAUGCUGCUUCAAAGCCCUCUCGACCUAAUAAUGAGGAUUUGUGGUUUGAUGAAGAGAUGUGGGAUGAAAAUAUGGCUAUAGAUAAUGACGGGAAUAAUAAGGAAGGAGAUGAGAGGUUGAUUUAUGAUCUGUGUGGGGUAUCCAACCAUUUCGGGGGUAUGGGCGGCGGACAUUAUACUGCUUAUGCCAAGAAUUCCAUUGAUGGCCAAUGGUACAACUUUGAUGACUCAAGUGUGAGCAAGGCCAAUGAGGACAAUGUAGUGUCAUCUGCAGCAUACCUGUUAUUCUAUCAACGUCGUCGUAAUGGAGACCGUACUGCAGACCAUCUAUCACAACUAGUAACUCGACAAAAGACCCAACCUCCACCCUCCGAACCGAAAACUUUCUCUGCAUUCAAUAGUUGGAGCAGCAGUGGAGGUUUCCGUCUCGGAGGAGCUACAUCGUCUCUCAAAGGAUCUCUUCCAUUUAGUAGUAUUGGACCAUCAUUGCCACCACUCACAACCGACAACAAUAACACAGCAGCCAAUACCCCAGCUCGACCUAGUUCACCCGUCGAAUCAGGAGCCGAUCCGAUAGAUGUAUUACCAUCAUUCAAUGAUGCUGUUGAUAAAGGCAAAGGUGCUGCAACGUCAUAUGAUAGUGGGGUUGACCAGUCACCAACGACUAGCUCUACAGGUGCUGAUAUUGGAGAUAAUAUAGAACCAUUGCUUGGAAGUGGUGCCGAAGACGAUGAAUUGCCUGGUUAUGAACCUGUCGAAGUCAAAGAUGAUGAGGAUAUUGUGAAGAGUGAAUACUUUGGUGGUAACGAUGCUUCGCGAUGA